AUGUCCCAUCCAGCUCAUGAUGGUGUUCCUGGUGAUAUACCUGAUGGCACCACUAGUGCCCAUGUCGCCGAUGGUGAUUUGGAGAAACAAGACUCGGGUGAUCCUUAUUAUGGCGCACAGAGGACAGUACAUGAUGAAAAGCGUCGCUCAGACGGUAAAAUCAUCAUUACCGAGGCCGAUGUCUAUGACAAGCUAGGGUUUCGCUUCCCGUGGUGGAAGAAAUGGGUCAUUCUAUCCGUCAUUGCUCUGGUGCAGACUUCAAUGAACUGGAACGCCAGCUUCUACGCUGAUGCGGUCAAGCUCCUGGGAAAGCAUUUUAGUGUUUCUGAACAGGCUGCACGCGUGGGUCAGAUGAUCUUUCUGAUUUGCUACGGCUUUGGAAGUGAGCUGUGGGCUCCCUGGAGCGAGGAAAUCGGACGAUGGCCAAUCAUGCAGCUCAGCUUAUUCUUUGUGAAUAUCUGGCAGAUCCCUUGUGCUCUUGCUCCCAAUUUUGGCACUAUCAUUGUGUGUCGAGGUCUUGGUGGUCUUUCUUCUGCCGGUGGUUCAGUGACUCUUGGAAUGGUGGCCGACAUGUGGGAGCCAGAUGACCAGCAAUAUGCGGUUGCCUUUAUUGUGCUAUCGUCUGUCGCAGGUUCGACAUUUGCCCCGAUUGCGGGUGGACCUGUAGCCGAAUACCUAAGCUGGCGCUGGAACUUCUGGAUCCAGCUGAUCAUUGGUGGUACUGUCCAACUAAUUCACUUCUGGGUGCCAGAAACACGUUGUAGCAUUCUGCUUAAACGAGAGGCUAAGAAACGGCGCAAGAAGGGUGAGAAUGUAUGGAGCAUCGGUGAGGUUGAGAAGAGAAAGUUUUCCAUGAAACCGAUCUUGAUUGUGUGGCUGCGCCCAUUUUUAAUGUUCAUCCGCGAGCCUAUUGUGCUGUGGCUAUCUCUGCUGUCUGGGUUUUCCGAUGCCCUGAUUUUUACCUUCCUGCAAGCGUAUACGCCAGUAUACAAGCAGUGGGGGUUUGGAAGUGUUCGAACUGGGCUUGCAUUCAUUCCGAUUGUUGUCGGAUACGGAAUAGCCUAUGCUUCGUUUUUGCCCUGGAUACACAGGCACACAAAGAUUAGAAAGAGGGAUCCAACCGCUCUACAGCCGGAGUCCCGGCUAUAUUGGCUACUUUAUACUGCGCCUCUUGAAACCAUAGGCCUCUUUGGCUUUGCUUGGACUAGUUUGGGCCCGCCUGGCGUUCACUGGAUAGCCCCGAUGAUAUUUUCCUGUCUGAUUGCGAUAGCAAAUUAUGCAAUCUAUAUGGCAACGAUAGACUACAUGGUGGCAGCCUACGGACCUUACUCGGCUUCAGCGACUGGUGGUAAUGCGUUAGCACGCGAUUUCCUCGCCGGCGUUGCUGCUUUAUAUUCAACCCCGAUGUAUGAGCAUAUGGGAAGGAGGCUGCACCUCGAAUGGCCGACCACGCUUCUAGGCUGCCUCGCAAUCAUUGUGACCGCCCCAAUAUAUAUUUUCUACUGGAAGGGGCCAAGGAUCCGCGAAAAGUCCAAGUUUGCGCAGGUCCUGGCCAGCGAUCGCAAAGCCAAGGGCGAAAUGGCAGUACGGUGCGGAUCUGACACCGAGGGAGCAGAGGCUGUCUAUCUCAGCGGCUCGCGCAGUGCUCAUUUUGGGUCUCAUCGCGGCUCGGAGCCUGCGAAUGAAGCUGGAUCUCAUAGUAUACGCACGGGCCGCAACGAAGCCCAGUAA